CUUAUGACUAUCAUCAAUUCAUCAUUGAUAAGGCAUCCAAAUCGCUCCCUGUUUCCGCGUCACAUUUCCCAUCUGAACGAAGAAUAUGUCCGCCUGGUGGUCAGCCCUCCGACGAUCUCGCCCGUCCCUCCGCUCCACGUUCCUUCACUCCCAUUCCCGCCGACCACCCACCUCUCUUCCACGGCAACCAUUGUUCCGUGCCUCCGCAGACCUCAACAGUAAUCCCACUGCCGACGAUGCCUCAUCCCUGUUGAAGUGGGCCUCCGGGAUCAGCACCGCCUUCGCUCUUUCUCUCGUUGUCUUUUCAAAAUCUUCUCCGUCUGUUUCCUUCUCUGAUUGCGCUACACCAGACCCCGCUGUAACGGCUACUGCUCCUGCUGCCCCGCAGUCUUCUAUCGAUAAUCGUCGACCCAAGUUUCUCUUUGGAGAUGCAUUUAGAAGGAAAGUGUUUUUCAAUUACGAGAAGCGGAUUAGGAUGCGCAGUCCUCCUGAAAAGGUCUUUGAGUACUUUGCUUCCUUCCGUGGCAAGGAUGGAAUGACUUUUAUGACACCAGCCGAUUUGAUGAGAGCGGUUGUUCCUGUUUUCCCAUCAUCUGAAUCUAACCUUGUGAGGGAUGGAUAUCUAAGAGGGGAAAGGGGUCCUGGUGAACUGCAUUGUUCCCCUUCAGAGUUUUUUAUGCUCUUUGAUACAAACAGUGAUGGCCUGAUAUCUUUUAAAGAGUAUAUAUUUUUUGUCACAUUACUUAGUAUCCCCGAAGCAAGCUUCUCAGUGGCAUUCAAGAUGUUCGAUCAUGAUGGAAAUGGAGCAAUAGAUUUGGCAGAGUUCAAACAUGUGAUGGCAUUGAUGCAAGCUCACAAUAGGCAAGGGGCCCACCAUAGUGAUGGACUUCGAGCAGGGCAAAAUUUAGGUGGUCAUGUCGAAAAUGGAGGCCUAUUAAAAUACUUAUUUGGGGAAGAUGGGAAGCAGCAGCUUCAACAUGAUAAGUUUGUGCAGUUUUUGAGAAAUCUUCAUGAAGAAGUGAUAAGGUUGGAGUUUGCACAUUAUGAUUUCAAGUCACAAGGAGCCAUAUCAGCAAAGGAUUUCGCCUUGUCCAUGGUUGCCUCUGCUGAUUUAAGUCAUUUGGGCAAAUUGCUUCGACGGGUCGAUCAUAUGGACAACAACCCACAAUUGUGCAAUCUGGGCGUCUCAUUUGAUGAAUUCAAAAGCUUUGCGGAGUUGCGCAGACAUUUGCUUCCGUUUUCGGUUGCACUUUUCAGUUACGGGAAAGUUAACGGCCUUUUGACCAGAACUGAUUUUAAAAGAGCUGCUUCUCAAAUACUUAGUUUACACAAAUGCCAUUGGCCACCAAAACAUGUCUGGAUUCACGGUAAAAUGAGAAGUGAAGGUAACUUUCCAUGGUGUCUUGAUAUGUUUGGUAUGGUUGAACUGACAACUAAGGAGACUGAAAGAGAAUAACUAAAAUCAUACAGGUUUGCGGGGUGGCGCUCACAGACAACGUGAUAGAUAUAAUUUUCCAUGUGUUUGAUACAAAUGGUGAUGGAAGUUUAAGCUCAGAUGAGUUGCUCAGGGUUAUCCAGAAACGGGAAACAGAUGCUGCUCAUCCUACAGAAGCUGGCUUCCUUAACUGGAUCUUUUGCUUCUUUAAUUGCACUCGAAAUUGCAGAGAUAAGAUCUCACUGCUAACCUCGGCUUGACAAACCAUUUACUCCAUGGAAAGGCGUAACUUUUGGCAUCAAUAGGACAAAGCAUGUAGUUAUGCAAGCUGCUCUCCAUAUGUCAAAUGUAAAUAUUCGGUCUUAUGUGCAUAACAAUAAGGACAAUGAUAGGAACGAGUAUGGGUUCAGAGAGUGGUUCAGGAAUUUUGCCCUAGCUAAUUUAUUAUGGGUAAAAUUAAGAAUAUUUUACCAUUCUGAGAACCACUCUUUGACCUUAUCAUGUAUAUAUCAUCAUUAUCCUAAUAGCAAUAACAAUAAUAUGAUGAUAAUAAUCAUAGUAACAAUAAUGGUAACAAAUCUUAGGUAGACUUGGUCUACGGUCUACCCCAGCAUUUGUAGGCUAAAGUACAAAAUAUUACAAUUGUACUUGGCAUGAGUAGAUCUUAGUGAUGUCAAUAUAUAUUGAAUGAAAUGAAUGAAUGAAUGAGUUGUUUUGAUUGGCUUUGUGAAAUGCAUGUGUUGUUCAAUUU